GAGGCUCGGAGGAGGAGGCUGUGCAUAACAAAAAGUAAUGGCCAUCUAUUUGGUUAGUGAAGAGCCGAGGAUAUAUGCCGUCGUACUACAGAUUAACAUCUUGGGAUAAACGGAGGAAAGCUUUCAAGUCUCAGCCAGUGUUCAAGGGCAUGCUAAAUCCCCAGGGAAAUAGCCCAAAAAACGACCUGAAGUAAUGGAGCCCACUGUCGUGAGUACAUCCACCCUGGCCCCUGAUGAGUUCGACAGGAAUGUGCCUCGAAUCUGCGGCGUGUGUGGUGACAAAGCCACCGGCUUUCACUUCAACGCCAUGACCUGCGAGGGCUGCAAGGGUUUUUUCAGGCGCAGUAUGAAGCGGAAGGCCUCCUUCACGUGUCCCUUUAACGGCAGUUGCACCAUCACCAAGGACAACAGGCGCCACUGCCAGGCAUGCCGGCUCAAACGCUGUGUGGACAUUGGCAUGAUGAAAGAGUUCAUCCUGACAGAUGAGGAAGUGCAGAGGAAGAAGGACCUCAUUCAACGGCGAAAGGACGAGGAGGCCCAACGCGAAGCGGAGAGGGAGGCACGGCGACCUCGGCUCACCGACGAACAGAGUCAAGUCAUCACCACACUGGUGGAGGCGCACCACAAAACAUUCGACGACUCCUACUCGGACUUCUGCCGCUUCAGGCCUCCGGUGCGCGAGGGGCCAGUUACACGGAGUGCCAGCAGAGCUGCUUCCCUCCACUCUCUGUCGGACGCCUCCUCCGAUUCCUUCAGUCACUCUCCGGAAUCAGUCGACACCAAAAUUAACUUAAACAACUUGAUGAUGAUGUACAAGGAGCAGGGCAGCAGCCCUGACUCCAGUGAAGAGGAAGCGUCCAGCUUCUCCAUGCUGCCCCAUUUGGCCGACCUGGUCUCCUACAGUAUUCAGAAGGUCAUCGGGUUUGCCAAGAUGAUCCCAGGCUUUAGAGAGCUGACUGCGGAGGAUCAGAUCGCCUUGCUGAAGUCAAGUGCCAUUGAGGUGAUCAUGCUACGCUCAAAUCAGAGCUUCAACCUAGAAGACAUGUCCUGGAGCUGCGGUGCGCCUGACUUUAAAUACCAGAUCAGUGAUGUCACCAAAGCUGGCCACACUCUGGAGCUGCUGGAGCCGCUGGUUAAGUUCCAGGUGGGCCUCAAGAAGCUCAGCCUGCACGAGGAGGAACAUGUACUGCUGAUGGCCAUCUGCUUGCUUUCUCCAGACCGCCCAGGUGUGCAGGACCACGCACGGAUCGAAGCCCUUCAAGACCGCCUGUCAGAAACCCUGCAGGCCUACAUCCAACUCAACCACCACGGAGGAAGCCUUCUGUAUGCCAAGAUGAUCCAGAAGCUAGCUGACCUGCGCAGCCUCAACGAGGAGCACUCCAAACAGUACCGCUCGCUCUCCUUCCAGCCCAAGCACAGCAUGCAGCUCACCCCGCUGGUGCUGGAGGUGUUUGGCAGCGAGGUCUCCUAAGGGCAGAUGACGCCCACGUGGGUAUAAAGGAGGAAGGGAGUUGUUGAGGAUCAGGUCCUGGACGUCAAGUGUGUGUGUGUCUCUUUAAAGAGUCUACAUGGAGAGCAAGCAGGCGUUUAAGUGACAGUAAACAAGGGAACUACAUUCAGUAUAACUUAAGCUAAGCAUACUUCUGCCUCUUUACAAUGUUUUUGUUUAUUUAAAUCAACGCUGCUUCAUAUGCCUGGACAUAACGUGUACGCAAACUGUACACACCAACAAACACACUCAGUUAUUCAUUUAGCCAUUCCGUUGAGCUACCUCUUUUUUUUACUGGGGUUGUUUUAUAUUUCUAUCACCUCUGUGGAUGCUUUAGAUACAGUACGGUCAACGUUUUAUUUGAUAAAAUCAGUGCCUCUGCAUUACUUCAUAAGUUAUUUUAAUGGUCAUCUGCUUCUCUCCAAGGCAGUAUAUGGUUAUUUAUACCAACAUUUCAUCUCUCACCAAAGGUGUUGGUCCUCUGCCGUCUCAGAAAACCGUCUUGCUGCUCUUUGGCAUGCAGUCGCGUGACAUGCUAAAGUUUUUUUUUUUUUUUCUGACUAGCCUCACAGCCCAUGAAGGAAAACGGUCAGUAUUUAGGCUUAGAUUGCAGGGUGUAGUUUGUAAUUUAGCAGAUUGGAUUUUGGUUUGCCUGGUUUUUGGAGGUGAGAAUCAGCCACUAAAUGUGUUAGCUAUUAUUUCUUCUUACUGCAAACUGUCAAUCAAACCGAGCCAAGAUUAUGGCUUGUUGCUUUUUAGUUUGUUUUCCCUCAAGCUUCUAAUGAUUUAGUUUAUUCCAUGUAAAUAGCUAAUUGCUACCAUGUGUAUCCUAAGCACUGUUGUAUCACCAUUUACUCAAGUCUAUAUACUAUAUAUCACAGAUUUUAAAGGGCUAAAUGCCAAAUCUAACUGGAAUAGUGAAUUAAGGCUCAAGUAAGAGACCUGACUUGUUAAUAUAUAGCUGCAUACCAUACUUGGAAUUGGCAUAGGAAUGGAUGUAAUUGUUCCAGAUGUUUUUUUAUUUUUGACGUAACUUCAUCUUUCUAAAACAAUUCCAGUUGUUCCUCAAGAUCAGUGGGCCUGGAGCUUUGCAACCCACUUCACACCUCCGCACAUAUCUCACCCUUUCGUUUCAGACUGGGAAGGGAUUUUUCUAGAAUGUUUGGGAGCUCCCUCUGGGGGGGGGGGUGUCUGUUGUCUUUGGUGGGCACCUCCUCCCUCAGGCCCUCCAGAUGGCUUCUGCAUGCUGUGCAGCCCCCUAGUGGCUGUAUUGUCUAAAGACUAGAUCUAUAUGACAGUAAUAUGUCAACUUUUAAAGGUGACCAGAGAUGCUAUUUCCAGAGUUUAGCCUGUACUUAUUGGACACAAGUGGAAGUACAUGUCCCGCUAUUAAUUAUUCAUAACAUAAUUUUGAUCAAAGUUUUGAAGUUGGACCUAUAAAAAAAUUUAUUCAUAUUAAUAACAUUAAGAAAGCUGGUUAAAUAUAGCAAGGCCCCAGUGACACAAGGAAACAUGACUAAUUUUAAGGGUUAAACGAGAAUAGGGUUGUAAUAUUAAGAUGUUAAUGUAAUGCGAGUAGGAAAAAAUUAGAAUUUGUUUUAUAUUACAAAUGAAUUAAAAGAAAAACUUCAUUGUAAUAUUGAAGUUGCACAUUUGAGAGAGAAAAAGGAAAGGUGGAAUAUUACAAGAAUUAAGCCCUAAUGUUUUAAGGAAAUGCCUCAUUAACCAGAAUAAAAUCGUAAUAUUAGGAUUCCCACUGCCCGCAGAUUAAAGUUAUAAUUUUACAAGAAAAAAAAUCUUUAUUUAACUUGUUUUUUGUUCCAUGUAAAGAAAAAUUACUUUGUACCAGUGUAAGGCAAAUGUGGUGAAGAGUAAAGAUAUAAAUAUAAAUGCAGGAGAAUUCUAAAGGAUAUUUAAACUGAUGUUUUAAAAAAAAUAUGCAAUAUAGAAUAUUGCCUCUGUGAUUUUUGUUUUGAUCAACUGAUUAACUCUCACUUGUCAUUAGUUUUGGAAUGACCGAGUUUGAUUAGUUUGAUGAAACUAGGAUCAUUUGGCAUUCAACACUGCCAAGGAGUUAUUCAUAGUAGUAUUUGGUCAGUUGAUGUACAGCCCCCUUCAAAAGUAUUGGAACGGCAGGGUCAAUUUAUUUGUUUUUGUUGUAUACUGAAGACAUUACGGUUUCCGAUCAAAAGAUGUAUAUGAGACAAAAGUUCAGAAUUCCAGCUUUUACAACCCUAAUUCCAAUGGACUUCAUCGGGGUAAAAGUGGAAGGUCUUAGACUGACCAAGUCAAUCACCGCACCUUAACCCAAUAGAGCAUGCAUUUUACCUCCUGAUGAGGAGACUGAAGGGAGAAACCCCCAGAAACAAACAAGAACUGAAAGAGGCUGCAGUAAAGGCCUGGAAAAGCAUUUCAAAUGAAGAAUGCGACAGUCUAGUGAAAUCAACGGUUCACAGGCUUGAUGUAGUUAUUGCAAGCAAGGGUUAUGCCACCAAAUAUUAAAUGUUAUUCACUUUAAGUUAAUUUAAUAAUGUCUGUUCCAAUACUUUUGCUCACUUGAAAAGUGGGUGACUUCAAACAAAAGGUGCUCUGUCCUGUGUUCGAGAUGUAAGUACCAUGAAAUAAAAGCAGGAAUUCUGAACUUUCGUCUCAUAUCCAUCUUUUGAUCUGAGACCCAAAUGUCUUCAGUAUACAACAAAAACAAAGGACUUGACCUUGCCGUUCCAAUACUUUUGGAUAGGGCUGUAUCUGACCAAUUUCCAGUUGUUAAACCGUAAGCCUGCUGUCGUCAACGGAAUGUUCUCUCGAGAAGUCCAGCGCAAAAGCUGUGAUCAUGUCAUGAACCCCUUAAAGAUUGAGUACUUAAGAGGCCGGCCUUUUAUUUGAUUGCUCUGAAUGAUGACUUCUGAUUUGUUGGUCGAUAUGCUUUUGUCUACCCGUUUGGUAACAGUUGCUGAUGUUUCUUUCCUAAUGUGAACGUGCACUUCCUGUCAAGAAACUAUAAAAAUUAGUUAUGUAUAAUUGUAAGAAGGUGUACAUUAGAUGAUCGGAUGUAUUUAAAGAUUUCAGCAUGUAGCAUGUAUGUCUCAAAUAUUGGUGGACUGACGUCUGUCAAAUGAGCGCAUUAAGUCCCUUUCCUGUCAAGUGUUGAUUAUUUUCAUGGCAGCCCACUCGGCCGCAGCGUCGCGUUCAAGCUAUCUUACCAGAGCCGAUUUGUUCUCAAACAGUUUUGACAUCUGCAAAAGUAGUUUCUGUGGUUGGCUAUGCAGGCUUCCUGUGCCAGAUCUUAUUAUGCUUCCAAUGACAUCAUCUCAAGGCGACUCUUGGAUCCAUCGUGCUGCUCCUUGUUCUUCAUGUGAGAGCAUCGUCGCUUUAAGCUGUGCAGCCUAAAUUUACUCACCAGCAGGACCAUUCUCUGUCACUGUGGCUUCAGUCUAACAUCUACUAUUGGUAACUUGUGCCAAUCCAGCCAGAUGGGGAACAUAAUACUAAAUGUUUCCCUGUUGAUGUAAUGAUGGUUUGGUUUUUCCUUCUAGAAUUUCAUUGAGAAUUAUCCAGUACAGUAUGCAAACAUACAAGGUAUGUUCUUGUCCACAAACGUGAGGACUGAGCGUCUUUAGGCAGUACCACUCGUGUGUGUGUAUCGUGUGUCAGGACAGGUAACGGGUGUAUUGCUGUGCUUUUUUACUGAGCACCUUUUGAAGGUUUUCUACAUAUGUACUUCUCUAUGUAGCUCUUGUUCUGGUGUUGUUCUGUUUUAAUUUGAGAUAGAAAUGCAGUGUUGAUUUUUACCAAGGGAUAUUAGGGUGACACUGAAAAGAAAAGAAAAGAAAGUACUAUGAGAAUAAAGUCACAUUUUUAUGCGAGGAAAGGUUUUGUUUUGAGGGGAAAAAAAUAUUUUAUGAGAACAAAGUCUUACAUGAAGAACUUAUUACAAGCAAAAUGUGACUGCGAAAAUAGUUUUAAUUUUAGUUCUUGUGUGUUUUCAGCAAUUGUUCAUGCUAUUACCGAUUGCAGGUGUCCAGAGAAAGGCAAUAGCUCCUGGUUUCAGACUGUGGCUUGUAGGUUUUUGUGGGAGUUUUAAUAUUCACUUUAUUCUCACAAGAUUACGAUUUCUCUUGAAAAAUACUAUUUUUUUCUCAUUAUAUUAUAGUUAUUUUUCUUUUCGUGUUACGACUUUAAUCACGUUACUUUGGGACUUUUUUCUUGCAAUGUUACUAUUGAUUUUCUUUUCAGUGUGGCCGUAAUAUUUCUUUGUAGAUUUGUGUAUGUUUAAUUCAAGUAGGGAAUUUUGGGGAAUGUGUAAGUGCCACAGCGAGACUUCCUGCCACACAAGAACAGGGUCAGAGUUCUUCGGUAAGGAUUUCUGAACUGAACGGGAAAAUUCUAGAGGAUGAAAGUUAUGUAGAAGUUGGCGUUCCUUACUACGACACAUUGUACAUAUCAUAGAUCUGCUCAUAUCAACACAAGGUUUUCCUGUUUGUUUGUUUUUACCAUAGAAAGCUGCUCCAAACCUUUUUAACAUUGUGGUUGUUGUUGGAAAACUGGACCUUGUAAAUCCUACUGCAAUGGAGAUCCACCACAGAUGACAUGCGUCCGUCUUAGUUGAGAUUAGCGCUUUACUCAACACUGGCGACGUCACACAAUACCUGAAAUAUACACAUCAUGGUACACUAUCACCAGCAAGCUUUACAGUUCAAUUUUUGCUCUUUUGAAAGUUUGUUUGUAUGACUCUGUUGCCAUUACAAAUCCUGUCCAUAAAGCCGUAUUAUUGCCGUCUCCUCGCCCAAAUGUUCUCUUUUGAGUUUUCCUCCCCGCCUUUACGACAGGGAUUGUAAUGGAUUCAACUUAAUGUAGUUCUUAAGACGAAGUGUCCACAAUGGAUGUACACCAUAGUCAACCUAAUUAAAAAAAAAAAAUUACAAAAAUUACAAAAAAAAAAAAAAAAAACUACCUCUUUUAGCUCAAUUUUUUUGCUUUAGCAUUUGCUUUGGUUUUUACUUUUGUAAUGUUUGUAUUCAUGUUGGUAUUUAUUGUUCUCUAAUGAGUCAUACUUCAAUGAUUACCUCAGUGAUAUCUCAGAUUUUGGGAGAGUCCAGCUAAUGAAGUUGUAGUUUUGUUUGUUUCUCAUUGUACAGUUGUCUUCUCAUACUAAGCAUUGCCUUUGUUUUUCUCAACGCACAAAAUACCAGGAGUGUUUUUAUUAAAUCUUGUGCCUGCACCAGUGGGGCUCACACUAGCUAGAAAGAGGCUCCACUCUUCUCUGCAACAUUGACCUUGGCAUGUAUAGUAUAUGUAGAGUGGAUAAAAAAAAGUCUACACACUCCUUUUAAAAUAGCAGCUUUUAUGAAAUAAAUAAAAAAAAAAAAAAUGUUGUUUUAAAAAGAAAUGUUACCACAUUUAACCUGAACACUUAAGUAGGCCUGUAUUUUUGUUUUGUUUUUUGUUGUUGCCCUGCGAUUGGAUUGCUACCAGUCCCGCGUGUACCUCGUCUCUUGCCCAAAGUCAGUUGGGAUAGGCUCCAGCUCAUGAUCCUAAUAAGGACGGGUGCUAUAGAGAAUGAACGGAUUCAUUUUUCUCAUCAAAAGAAAACCGUGUGAAGAAUAUGGGAAUUGUUGUCUCAUCUAGGACAUAGCCAUGAUUUGCCAGAAAUCUCUGCAACACUUUCAAUCUUUUCUUCUCCCUCUGGUCUUUUCAUCAAUUUAGUACAGAUGUCCAGUUCUCCUAAAAAUCACUGUUGUGCCAUAUUUUCUCAACUUGACAAAUGACUGUCUUCACUGUGUUGCAAUGACUAUCUAUUGCCAUGGAAAUUCUUGUCAGGAAAAUCUUAUAAGAACAGCUUUUAAAAUGCUGGCAGCGGUGGGUGUGCACUGAGUCCUAUUCAACACAAGUUUGAAUGAGAAUUGUCAGUUGUGUCACAAGACUGAAAACGAAUGCAACCGUGUGAUGUUGAAAGGAUUUGCAAGCAUUUCUGGCAAGUACUGGUGGUGUCCUUCAUGUAACAAUCAAUGUACUGAUUAGUUUUUUCCCAAUUACAUAGUACAGGGUUCACGUUGAAAGCUGGGGGGGGGGGGGAAUAAAAAUCACAUCACAAAAAAAAUUGUAUUUUGGCAGGGUGUGUAGACUUUUUAAAGCCAAUGUAGUUUGUAAGGGCAAACUCAGGAGUGGCCCUUUUGUGGAGGUGAUGUAGCUUGUCAGAGAAGUAUCCGGAGGGAUUCUAACGGCUGAUGGAGCAGUCAGAAGGUGUCUUAGCUCCUCUUGGUACUAUAUGCAUUGUUUAAGCUCGAUAGUUUCCCUCCCUCCUCUUUCUUAUCAAAUCUUCUAUUAAGUCGACUCUCUCACCUGCUUCAUUCCCGGCCCCUGUUAGGUUCGACAAGGGGAAUUAGGAGAAGCGACAUCUUCAGUACACAGUACAUGCAAUGCUGUUUUUUGUUUGUUUGUUUUUUGUUUUUUUUGUUUUUUUAAAACCUUUAAGCAUUACCAAGUUAGCAACACUACAUAAUGCGGGCCUGGUCCAAAGUGUCGUCCCCCUCAUCCCCCACUGUCCCCCCCCAAAUAGAAACUUAAGUGGUACUCAUUGGAGAGAGAUCACUUUUUGUACUCAUGUCAAACUGCUUCAAGUGAACACUGAAUGAAAUGAUAAGAGUUUCUAUAAACAGAGGAACAUUGUUGCCAUGGCGACUACCCUGACCUGUGUGGCAUAUGACCUUUUUACUGCAGGGACCCCAUGUUCCCCAGCUUCAUGUGUGACUGGGAGAGAUUCUGACUUAAUGACAUUGUACUUAAGAAUUUGUCACAGAAUUCUAAUCUUGCAUUGUGAAGCCAAAUUAUGCCACAUUCAAUUAAAAUGCCUAAACCAACAAAAGCACUUAAUGUAAUCUUAUAUAAUGCACGUGUACUGAUUGAAUCUAUUUGCCACAAGCGGCCUAAGGUAUAGGUCACGUUUGGCCCUAGUUAGAAAAGUUUAAAUCACCUGCAUUUUGUUGUAAUUGCAAUUGUAUCAUGUCUCUUUUUUCCCCUCAAAGAUAUCUUUUCUAUUAUAAAUUGGUGUUUAUGUAAUAUUAUUUUGUCUGAUGUUUUGCAAAUCAAAAAUAAACACUUGUA